UUUCUUCUCUGUCAAGAGGUGUGUCCCUUCCUCUAUUGUUCACUGCAGACCAGGCUACCUGUGUGGAGGUAUAAUAGCUUAUUUAGAAAAUAGAUUUCACAAUUUUGUUGGACCUUGAGGAUCUCUCAUUUUGAAACAUCAUGGCUCACAAACACCAUCAGCAGCUACAUGUUUGGCUUUUUCUAACUCUUUUAGUCCACGCAAUGUUGCCGGCAAGUAUAAAAGCGUCAGUGCUUUUUGAAGCCCCCACUACAACAGAAGCUAUCACCACCACAAUACCUACUACAACAAACGCUAUCACCACCACAAUACCUACUACAACAAACGCUAUCACCACCACAAUACCUACUACAACAAACGCUAUCGCCACCACAAUACCUACUACAACAAACGCUAUCACCACCACAAUACCUACUACAACAGAAGAUAUCACCACCACAAUACCUACUACAACAAACGCUAUCACCACCACAAUACCUACUACAACAAACGCUAUCAAAACCACAAUACCUACAACAACAGAAGCUAUCACCACCACAGUACCUGCUACAACAAAAGCUAUCACCACCACAGUACCUGCUACAACAAAAGCUAUCACCACCACAGUACCUACUACAACAGAAGUGAUCACCACCAUUGCACCUAUCACAUCCAAAGCUGUCACCACAACUACACAUUUUACAACAGCAGCUCUAACCACCACUUCACCUAUUACAACAUCAGCUAGAACCACUAGUGCACCUAUUAUAACAGCAGCUCCAACCACUAGUGCACCUAUUAUAACAGCAGCUCCAACCACUAGUGCACCUAUUAUAACAGCAGCUCCAACCACUAGUGCACCUAUUAUAACAGCAGCUCAAACCACUAGUGCACCUAUUAUAACAGCAGUUGCAACCACUAGUGUACCUAUUAUAACAGCAGCUCCAACCACUGGUGCACCUAUUACAACAUCAGCUCCAACCACUAGUGCACCUAUUAUAACCGCAGCUCCAACCACUAGUGCACCUAUUAUAGCAGCAGCUCCAACCACUGGUGCACCUAUUACAACAUCAGCUCCAACCACUAGUGCACCUAUUAUAACAUCAGCUCCAACCACUAGUGCACCUAUUACAACAGCACCUCUAACCACUAGUGCACCUAUUACAACAUCAGCUCCAACCACUAGUGAUCCUAUUAUAACAUCAGCUCCAACCACUAGUGCACCUAUUACAACAUCAGCUCCAACAACUAGUGAUCCUAUUAUAACAUCAGCUCCAACCACUGGUGCACCUAUUACAACAUCAGCUCCAACCACUAGUGCACCUAUUACAACAUCAGCUCCAACCACUAGUGAUCCUAUUAUAACAUCAGCUCCAACCACUAGUGCACCUAUUAUAACAGCAGCUCCAACCACUAGUGCACCUAUUAUAACAGCAGCUCCAACCACUAUUGCACCUAUUAUAACAUCAGCUCCAACCACUAGUGCACCUAUUAUAACAACAGCUCCAACCACUAGUGCACCUAUUAUAACAGCAGCUCCAACCACUGGUGCACCUAUUACAACAUCAGCUCCAACCACUGGUGCACCUAUUACAACAUCAGCUCCAACCACUAGUGCACCUAUUACAACAUCAGCUCCAACCACUAGUGCACCUAUUAUAACAGCAGCUCCAACCACUAGUGCACCUAUUAUAACAUCAGCUCCAACCACUAGUGAUCCUAUUAUAACAUCAGCUCCAACCACUAGUGCACCUAUUACAACAUCAGCUCCAACAACUAGUGAUCCUAUUAUAACAUCAGCUCCAACCACUGGUGCACCUAUUACAACAUCAGCUCCAACCACUAGUGCACCUAUUACAACAUCAGCUCCAACCACUAGUGAUCCUAUUAUAACAUCAGCUCCAACCACUAGUGCACCUAUUAUAACAGCAGCUCCAACCACUGGUGCACCUAUUACAACAUCAGCUCCAACCACUGGUGCACCUAUUACAACAUCAGCUCCAACCACUAGUGCACCUAUUACAACAUCAGCUCCAACCACUAGUGCACCUAUUACAACAUCAGCUCCAACCACUAGUGAUCCUAUUAUAACAUCAGUUCCAACCACUAGUGCACCUAAUAUAACCUCAGCUCUAACCACUAGUGCACCUAUUACAACAUCAGCUCCAACCACUAGUGCACCUAUUACAACAUCAGCUCCAACCACUAGUGCACCUAUUACAACAUCAGCUCCAACCACUAGUGAUCCUAUUAUAACAUCAGCUCCAACCACUAGUGCACCUAUUAUAACAGCAGCUCCAACCACUAGUGCACCUAUUAUAACAGCAGCUCCAACCACUAUUGCACCUAUUAUAACAACAGCUCCAACCACUAGUGCACCUAUUAUAACAUCAGCUCCAACCACUAGUGCACCUAUUAUAACAACAGCUCCAACCACUAGUGCACCUAUUAUAACAGCACCUCUAACCACUAGUGCACCUAUUAUAACAUCAGCUCCAACCACUACUGCACCUAUUAUAACAGCACCUCUAACCACUAGUGCACCUAUUAUAACAGCAGCUCCAACCACUAGUGCACCUAUUAUAACAGCAGCUCUAACCACUAGUGCACCUAUUAUAACAGCAGCAGCAACCACUAGUGCACCUAUUAUAACAUCAGCUCCAACCACUGGUGCACCUAUUAUAACAGCAGCAGCAACCACUAGUGCACCUAUUAUAACAGCACCUCUAACCACUAGUGCACCUAUUAUAACAGCAGCAGUAACCACUAGUGCACCUAUUAUAACAUCAGCUCCAACCACUGGUGCACCUAUUAUAACAGCAGCAGCAACCACUAGUGCACCUAUUAUAACAGCACCUCUAACCACUAGUGCACCUAUUACAACAUCAGCUCCAACCACUAGUGCACCUAUUAUAACCGCAGCUCCAACCACUAGUGCACCUAUUAUAGCAGCAGCUCCAACCACUGGUGCACCUAUUACAACAUCAGCUCCAACCACUAGUGAUCCUAUUAUAACAUCAGCUCCAACCACUAGUGCACCUAUUAUAACAUCAGCUCCAACCACUAGUGCACCUAUUACAACAGCACCUCUAACCACUAGUGCACCUAUUACAACAUCAGCUCCAACCACUAGUGAUCCUAUUAUAACAUCAGCUCCAACCACUAGUGCACCUAUUACAACAUCAGCUCCAACAACUAGUGAUCCUAUUAUAACAUCAGCUCCAACCACUGGUGCACCUAUUACAACAUCAGCUCCAACCACUAGUGCACCUAUUACAACAUCAGCUCCAACCACUAGUGAUCCUAUUAUAACAUCAGCUCCAACCACUAGUGCACCUAUUAUAACAGCAGCUCCAACCACUAGUGCACCUAUUAUAACAGCAGCUCCAACCACUAUUGCACCUAUUAUAACAUCAGCUCCAACCACUAGUGCACCUAUUAUAACAACAGCUCCAACCUCUAGUGCACCUAUUAUAACAGCAGCUCCAACCACUGGUGCACCUAUUACAACAUCAGCUCCAACCACUGGUGCACCUAUUACAACAUCAGCUCCAACCACUAGUGCACCUAUUACAACAUCAGCUCCAACCACUAGUGCACCUAUUAUAACAGCAGCUCCAACCACUAGUGCACCUAUUAUAACAUCAGCUCCAACCACUAGUGAUCCUAUUAUAACAUCAGCUCCAACCACUAGUGCACCUAUUACAACAUCAGCUCCAACAACUAGUGAUCCUAUUAUAACAUCAGCUCCAACCACUGGUGCACCUAUUACAACAUCAGCUCCAACCACUAGUGCACCUAUUACAACAUCAGCUCCAACCACUAGUGAUCCUAUUAUAACAGCAGCUCCAACCACUACUCCAACCACUAGUGCACCUAUUACAACAUCAGCUCCAACCACUAGUGAUCCUAUUAUAACAUCAGCUCCAACCACUGGUGCACCUAUUACAACAUCAGCUCCAACCACUGGUGCACCUAUUACAACAUCAGCUCCAACCACUAGUGCACCUAUUACAACAUCAGCUCCAACCACUAGUGCACCUAUUACAACAUCAGCUCCAACCACUAGUGAUCCUAUUAUAACAUCAGUUCCAACCACUAGUGCACCUAAUAUAACCUCAGCUCUAACCACUAGUGCACCUAUUACAACAUCAGCUCCAACCACUAGUGCACCUAUUACAACAUCAGCUCCAACCACUAGUGCACCUAUUACAACAUCAGCUCCAACCACUAGUGAUCCUAUUAUAACAUCAGCUCCAACCACUAGUGCACCUAUUAUAACAGCAGCUCCAACCACUAGUGCACCUAUUAUAACAGCAGCUCCAACCACUAUUGCACCUAUUAUAACAACAGCUCCAACCACUAGUGCACCUAUUAUAACAUCAGCUCCAACCACUAGUGCACCUAUUAUAACAACAGCUCCAACCACUAGUGCACCUAUUAUAACAGCACCUCUAACCACUAGUGCACCUAUUAUAACAUCAGCUCCAACCACUACUGCACCUAUUAUAACAGCACCUCUAACCACUAGUGCACCUAUUAUAACAUCAGCUCCAACCACUAGUGCACCUAUUAUAACAGCAGCUCUAACCACUAGUGCACCUAUUAUAACAGCAGCAGCAACCACUAGUGCACCUAUUAUAACAUCAGCUCCAACCACUGUUGCACCUAUUAUAACAGCAGCAGCAACCACUAGUGCACCUAUUAUAACAGCACCUCUAACCACUAGUGCACCUAUUAUAACAGCAGCAGCAACCACUAGUGCACCUAUUAUAACAUCAGCUCCAACCACUGGUGCACCUAUUAUAACAGCAGCAGCAACCACUAGUGCACCUAUUAUAACAGCACCUCUAACCACUAGUGCACCUAUUACAACAUCAGCUAAAACCACUGGUGCACCUAUUAUAACAGCAGCAGCAACCACUAGUGCACCUAUUAUAACAUCAGCUCCAACCACUGGUGCACCUAUUACAACAUCAGCUCCAACCACUAGUGCACCUAUUAUAACAACAGCUCCAACCACUAGUGCACCUAUUAUAACAGCCCCUCUAACCACUAGUGUACCUAUUAUAACAGCAGCAGCAACCACUAGUGCACCUAUUAUAACAACAGCUCCAACCACUAGUGCACCUAUUAUAACAGCACCUCUAACCACUAGUGCACCUAUUAUAACAGCAGCAGCAACCACUAGUGCACCUAUUAUAACAACAGCUCCAACCACUAGUGCACCUAUUAUAACAACAGCUCCAACCACUAGUGCACCUAUUAUAACAGCAGCAGCAACCACUAGUGCACCUAUUAUAACAACAGCUCCAACCACUAGUGCACCUAUUAUAACAACAGCAGCAACCACUAGUGCACCUAUUAUAACAGCACCUCUAACCACUAGUGCACCUAUUAUAACAUCAGCUCCAACCACUAGUACACCUAUUAUAACAGCACCUCUAACCACUAGUGCACCUAUUAUAACAGCAGCUCCAACCACUAGUGCACCUAUUAUAACCACAGCUCCAACCACUAUUGCACCUAUUAUAACAGCACCUCUAACCACUAGUGCACCUAUUAUAACAGCACCUCUAACCACUAGUGCACCUAUUAUAACAUCAGCUCCAACCACUAGUGCACCUAUUAUAACAUCAGCUCCAACCACUAGUGCACCUAUUAUAACAUCAGCUCCAACCACUAGUGCACCUAUUAUAACAUCAGCUCCAACCACUAGUGCACCUAUUAUAACAGCAGCUCCAACCACUAGUGCACCUAUUAUAACAGCAGCUCCAACCACUAGUGCACCUAUUACAACAUCAGCUCCAACCACUAGUGAUCCUAUUAUAACAUCAGCUCCAACCACUAGUGCACCUAUUAUAACAUCAGCUCCAACCACUAGUGCACCUAUUAUAACAACAGCUCCAACCACUAGUGCACCUAUUAUAACAUCAGCUCUAACCACUAGUGCACCUAUUACAACAUCAGCUCCAACCACUAGUGCACCUAUUAUAACAACAGCUCCAACCACUAGUGCACCUAUUAUAACAUCAGCUCUAACCACUAGUGCACCUAUUACAACAUCAGCUCCAACCACUAGUGAUCCUAUUAUAACAUCAGCUCCAACCACUAGUGCACCUAUUAUAACAUCAGCUCCAACCACUAGUGCACCUAUUAUAACAGCAGCUCCAACCACUAGUGCACCUAUUAUAACAUCAGCUCCAACCACUAGUGCACCUAUUAUAACAUCAGUUCCAACCACUAGUGCACCUAUUAUAACAUCAGCUCCAACCACUAGUGCACCUAUUAUAACAGCACCUCUAACCACUAGUGCACCUAUUAUAACAGCAGCUCUAACCACUAGUGUACCUUUUAUAACAGCACCUCUAACCACUAGUGUACCUAUUACAACAUCAGCUCCAACCACUAGUGCACCUAUUAUAACAGAAGUUAUCAACACCACUGCACCUUUUACAACAGAAGUUAUUGGCACCACUGCACCUAUUACAACAGAAGUUAUUGGCACCACUGCACCUAUUACAACAGAAGUUAUCAGCACCACUGCACCUAUUACAACAGAAGUUAUUGGCACCACUGCACCUAUUACAACAGAAGUUAUUGGCACCACUGCACCUAUUACAACAGAAGUUAUCAACACCACUGCACCUAUUACAACAGAAGUUAUUGGCACCACUGCACCUAUUACAACAGAAGUUAUUGACACCACUGCACCUAUUAAAACAGAAGUUAUCAGCACCACUGCACCUAUUACAACAGAAGUUAUUGGCACCACUGCACCUAUUACAACAGAAGUUAUCAGUACCAGGUCACCAAUUACAACAGAAGUUAUCAGUACCAGGUCACCUAUUACAACAGAAGUUAUCAGUACCACUGCACCUUUUACAACAAGGAGUUCUGGCAGCACUGCUCCUAUUAAAACAGUGCCAACAUCUCAGACCAUUAUCAGCACUGCACCCACUAUAACCAUGCAAACCAGUAUCAACUGGCCUACAACAGCAAUGCAGACCAGUACCAAAGGUUCCCCUGCACCAUCAACUCAGGCCAGUACAAACACUGCACAUAAUGUAACAUUGCAUUUUACUACCAGCACUGCACAUAUUUCAACAUUGCAUUUUAUUACCAGCACUGCACCUACUACAAUAGUGCAGAACAUUACCAGAACUGCACCUACUGCAAUAGUGCAGACCACUACCAGCACUACACCUACUACAAUAGUGCAGACCACUACCAGCACUGCACCUACUGCAAUAGUGCAGAACAUUACCAGAACUGCACCUACUGCAAUAGUGCAGACCACUACCAGCACUGCACCUACUACAAUAGUGCAGACCACUACUAGCACUGCACAUACUAUAAUAGUGCAGAACACUACCAUCACUGCACCUACUCUUGCAGCAAAGACCAACAGCAGCACUGCAUCAACCACAACAGUUCAGACCAUAACCAGCACUGCACCUACUCUUGCAGCAAAGACCAACAGCAGCACUACAUUAACCACAACCAUGCAGACCAGAACCAGUACUGCACCUACUCUUGCAGCAAAGACCAACAGCAGCACUACAUCAACCACAACCAUGCAGACCAUAACCAGCAUUGCACCAACUCUUGCAGCAAAGACCAACAGCAGCACUACAUCAACCAAAACAGUGCAGACCAUAACCAGUACUGCACCUACUCUUGCAGCAAAGACCAACAGCAGCACUACAUCAACCACAACCAUGCAGACAAGAACCAGUACUGCACCUACUCUUGCAGCAAAGACCAACAGCAGCACUACAUCAACCACAACAGUGCAGACCAGAAACAGUACUGCACCUACUCUUGCAGCAAAGACCAACAGCAGCACUACAUCAACCACAACAGUGCAGACCAGAACCAGUACUGCACCUACUCUUGCAGCAAAGACCAACAGCAGCACUACAUCAACCACAACAGUGCAGACCAUAACCAGUACUGCACAUACUCUUGCAGCAAAGACCAACAGCAGCACUACAUCAACCACAACAGUGCAGACCAGAACCAGCACUGCACCUACUCUUGCAGCUAGGACCAGUAAGGAGACAAUAACAAAUGCUGGAACUGUUGUACUUAAAUUCAGAAUAAGCAGCUCCGUUCCUAAGGACACAAACUUUUCACAAGUGAUGAAUAGUCUCAUAGAGCAGGUAUGUCGAGCUUCAUCAGCCAAUGGUCUGCCAAACGCAUCAGUUGCAUCAGGACAAAACAGGACAGUUGUAAACUGUGAUGCUUUCCGAUCAAGCUUUUAUUGACACUCCAAAUGGAUAUUGAACUUUUUUGGAUAAAUGGGAUGGAAUGUGUUGCAGACAAUGAUGCUUAUGAGAUCCCUAUGAUUCAGGAUUGCGCAUAGUUGGGUCAAUUCUACAGUUUCUAUAGUAUUUAUGAACUUAUAAAGUUACAAAUAUAUUGUAUUUAUUAGCUUUUCUUAUAUGGCAUCGUGUUACAAAAGUGACAUUUAUUUUGACACAUUUUUGCUGUUGGAAUAUGUUGAUCAUUCCAAUGUAUUGACUGUUUAUUGCUUUGUAGAACUAAGAUACAAACUAUACUCAUUUAACCCCUUGAAUACCAAAGGUGUUUUAAACUCCAAAGACCAAAUUUUUACCUUGGUUUCAUGUUGUAUUUGUUGAAGACUCCCUGCACAUCUCUACUGUGAGAACUGCCCAGAUCUUUAGACAAUUUGGAUGUCUAUACAUUACAAAAUUGUCCAUGUGCUGUAUGUCCAGAUGGAAAGUAACUGGUUAAAAGUUUUGCAAAGUGUGAGAAUACUUUCAAAGUUUGCUUUUUAAUUUAUUUGUUUUUGGAGUUUGACUCAUUAUGUAAAUAUUGUAUAAUGCAAAAUAGUUAUAAACUUGAUAUACUGAGGAGAAUACACAUUCAAGCAAUAGUUUGAUAUGUUAUAUAUUUCUAGGGGGUUAAAGCUCUAUUGAGUGUUCUAUGUUAGAUGCUUAAAAUUUAAAGUAAAUCAAUCCAGUAUUCUGAAAUACUUAGUAUUGAGAAUUUUUAGACAAAGCUACAGCAAAAACAACUGAACCAAUUUGAAUUACAUGAAGUAUUCAGGUAGCUCCUAUAGGAUACAUUUUCUAACUCUUACAAACCAAAGUAGAAGGUCCAGACUUAUAAAUGUUCUAACUAGCAAUAUUUUGUUGUUGCUCUUGCAUGCGUGUAGUCCCAAUGGGACUAUUAUGUAUUUUGUGUCUGUGUAUAUUAUUACAUUUGUUUUAUAUAAGAUUUUGCUAAGAUCUGUCCUUUCACAUUGCUACAUUAUGUUUAGUAUACAGCUGCUAUAACAAGUUAGUUCUAGUACACUACUAACUAUUUAGCUUUAGUAUUUACGUUUCUUUUUGGUAUUGAACUUGUUUUCCGCAGUUGCACUUAGAGUGUGUUUUUAGAUGUAGAAGUAAUGAUGAUCAAUAUUUAUAUAUAUAUAUUAAAUUUUAUACAGUCUUCAGAA